AUGAUCAUUGAAUCGCUGAAUCUGUUCUAUCACCUCAGCUGCUUCCGGUGCUAUGUGUGCAGAAUUGCUCUCGGCAAUGGUACACGUGGUACCGACGUUCGAGUGCGCGACUCGAAGCUUCAUUGUCAGAGUUGCUACAACAGUGGUGAAACUGGUCAUAAACAGAGUAAAGUUUAA